UUCAGGCCGUUUUACCCUCAGUAUCUUCGCGCUUUUAACCCCGUCCAAGUCGAAAGUGGAAUUUUGUACAAAACACGCACGUAGGAAGGAUUUAGUGAACUAAUCCCGCGACAUCGUCCCACUGCACCGAAUUUGGAUAGACAAUGAAUGGUUGUCAUUAGUUAUCCCCAGAAGAUAACACUAAUCAAAUUUUGGGAGGACCUGUUUGCAACCACUAGUGUUAGAUCAGUGAUGAUCAAUUUAGUGUUCUAGUCGGAGAGUUUUUUGGGACAAUGUUGGCCAAGUUUUGGAUACAGUGUUUGUGCAGUUUGACAGUAUUUGUGCAGUGUUCUUGGACGGCUGCCACAGUUAGUCAAAGUACCAUUCAUGACCAGGAAUAUUGGUACGAACAAGCACGAAUCGCUUUGCGGAAGAGACUGCAAUAUGCUACCGACCGCCGGCCACAUGCCAAGAAUGUGGUGUUGUUUGUGGGUGAUGGGAUGGGCGUAGCCACGGCCACUGCCGCCAGGAUCCUGAGAGGACAACGGCUGGGAAAAAGGGGAGAGGACCACGAGCUCGCCUGGGACACCUUCCCGGCCGUGGCCUUCGCUAAGACUUACAACAUGGACGCCCAGAUAGGAGAGUCAUCAGCAUGCGCUACGGCGUUGAUGUGCGGCGUUAAAACAAACUUUGAAACGGUCGGUUUGGAUGCUCGAGGUCGUUUCGAAAACUGUUUUUCUAGCUUCUCUUCACGAGUCUCAUCGCUGAUAGAUUGGGCACAAGAGUCAGGGAAAUCGACAGGAAUUGUGACAAACACCCGAAUAACUCACGCCACACCCGCAGCUCUGUAUGGUCAUUCUCCGUCACGCUAUUGGGAGGACGAUUCGAAAGUUCCGCCAGCGUCUCGAAAAUCCUGCAAGGAUUUAGCUCGGCAACUCAUCGAAAAUGAUCCUGGACGGAACAUCAACGUUUUGUUGGGCGGCGGAAGGCGACACUGGUUGCCAAAAGUUGCCCACGAUCCAGAACAAACUAAAGAGGAAGGUCGGCGCCUCGAUGGACGUAAUCUCAUCGAUGACUGGGUUCGAGAUAAGAAAAAGCGUGGACUCAAAGCUGAAUACGUCUGGAAUAAAGGACAGCUCGAUAAAAUUAACCCCAAUCAAGUCGACUACUUGCUCGGUUUAUUCGCUUAUUCGCACAUGGAUUUUGAAGCCGAUCGUGACGCUGGCCCUUCUGGGGAUCCCUCCCUGGCUGAUAUGACGCGUUCAGCCCUUUCCAUCCUGUUGAAAAAUCCGAAAGGCUUCUUCUUGUUCGUCGAAGGAGGACGGAUCGAUCACGCCCACCAUUACAACAACGCUUACAGGGCUUUAGACGAAACGCUGGCGAUGGAGACGGCCCUUCUGGCGGCUCUGGCCCUCAUAAACCCAACAGAGACGUUAAUUGUUGUUACUUCGGAUCAUUCGCACGUCCUCACGAUGGGGGGCCAAGCCACGCCGAGAGGACACCCGAUCCUAGGUCCUGACAGCAAAGUAUCCGACAUCGACGGCCAACCCUACACCACCAUCCUCUACGGCAACGGCCCCGGCUACGCCACCCCUCGCAUCGUGCCCAUGAACACCACCACCGCUUCCGAAGACCGCAACCAGGUGCACGGCUCGGCUGUGCCCCGGCAAUGGGCCACCCACGGCGGCGAGGACGUGCCCGUCUAUGCACUAGGUCCCCUGGCCACCACCCUCUUCACCGGGACCUUCGACCAGAGCUACAUCCCGCACGCCAUCGCUUACAGCGCCUGUUUGGCCGAACAUCGCCUGCGCUGCCAGGGAAUCGACAAUUACACCGCCCCCCAGGUGACCACGUGCGUCGCUCCGGAAGUGUCGAGCGUUUCCGCUGCCGGAGCUCCGGUGGUUAUCGCCAGCAGCGUGAUGGCCGAUGAUGGGACGAGGGUUAAGUCGGGGGUGGGGCACAUGGGGGCCACCCAGGGGGUGCUCCUGGCAGUGAUGCUGGAGUUUGCUGUUACGUAAAAGUGGCGGUUUUUCAGUGAACUUGUGUACAUAUUUUCGAGUGGAUGGUGACGAUGUGUAGGGAGUGAGCUGAGUCAGGACAAAGUUAAUGUUCAUCUCAAAUUGUAUAUUUGCAUUCAAAGUAAUAUUAAAUUAAUAUACGUUAAA